ACACGUUUUUGUCUCCUUUAUUUUAGAAGAAUAUUUUAUAGGCUAUCACACAAAACAUUACAAAAUACAACAUAUUUGAUAAUCAAAAGUAAACUAAAAAGUACAAAGCAUCAAACGGCGGAAUGCGUAACUAAUCAAACCAAAGCACACCAGAAUAUAAUGAAACAACUCCUUACAACAAAUAACAUAAUAGAAGAUACAUCAAUCAUAUGAAAUGAUCAUUCAAGGACUCGGUGUAGUUGUGGAAGGGGGAGGAGAGAAGAAUGGAAUGGAUGGGAGAUUCGUCGGAAGAGAAGGAAGUACUGUCGGUAACGAAGGCAAAGUUGGCAUCGGAGGCAUUGCAGUGGGAAUUGUGGGAAGGUUUAGUUGUGGCAAAGUUGAUGGCAUUGGAGGCAUUGUAGUGGGAAUUGUGGGAAGGUUUGUUUGUGGCAAAGUUGAUGGCAUUGGAAAUGGAGGCAUUGUAGUGGGCAUUGUGGGAAGAGUUGGUUGUGGCAAUGUUGAUGGCAAUGGAGACGUUGCAGUGGGCAUUGUGGGAAGAGUUGGUUGAGGUAAUGUUGAUGGCAAUGGAGGUAGUCCCAUUGUCGGGAUAGGCAGAUUUGGAAUUUGAGGAAGAGGCUGUUGCUGGAGAAGUUUUCGUGAGGCCGAGCAAGUGUUGAUCAUAUUAGAGAAAGAGAGACUCACUAAGAAAGCAAUGAGAAAGAGCUUGCAUGAUGGUGCCAUUUUUGGGUGUG